AGCAUCUUACAUGCCCUAAUGCCAUUACUUUUAUGUUUGUACUUUCUAUCAUAAUGUGUCAGCAGACAAGUAGGUAGGUAGGUAGAUUCAUGAACAGUUUGAACACUAUCAAAUUGUAUAAGUUUUAAGAUGACACUGCUAAUUUAGAUAUUCGCAUAGAGAAAGCGCCUGAUACACACAGAUGAUAAAAGUGAAAGUGAAAGUAAACACGUAGUACAUGUAGAUCAAUAAACAUUUAACAAAUCUACUACCAUUACGAUCAAGAUAACAGUUCACGAACUCGACGAAGAGAUUCAAUAGCUGAACAAAAAUCCGAGAUGACAGACUUUGACAAAGAGGAACCCGGCAUAAGUGCUCCAUCUCUGUGGUUACGGUACAACGAUGAAGGGCCAGGUGAUAUUCUAACACAAGAUGUGUAUGUACCGAAGGUUGGACUAACAAAGUACACUUACUAUUGUUGUCUACAGUGGAAUGCUGGGAUGAAUGGUGGAGGUUAUUGUGGGAUACAGGAUCAUCCGAAAGGUCAUAAUUACAUAUUCUCAUUGUGGAAUCCUAUAGAUACAGACAAGAAGAUCAAACCUAUUUAUGUUGGACCAGGAACUAUCUGUGAACCUUUUGGUGGUGAAGGCCAAGGCUUGAAGACUUGGAACUUUACUUUAGGAUGGGAACCAGACAACUGGUAUACCCUUAUUACCAGACGCUGGGAUAAUGAUGACAAGACAUGCUAUGGAUUCUGGGUAAAGAACCAUUUAACCUUGGAAUGGACCCAUUUAGUGUCCUUAGAAUUUCCGGUACCUGGCACAUACUUUGAAAAGGUAACCAGUAGUUUUCUGGAAGAUUGGGUAGGAAGUGGGGACCAAGAACGUCGAGUUCAUUACCAGAAUGGCUACAAGCAUGGUUUAAAUGGAAAAUGGCUACCAUUUGAUAAAGCAGUGUUUAGAAUGGUAAAAGAAACAAGAUGUAAACUGUUUGAAAACAAUUAUGACUCUGGAGUUUUAGAUGACACAUUCUAUUUGCAUUCAGGUGGUCAGUCAAUGCCAACAGGGGGCGCUGUCAAUGGCGGAAUGCUGAAAAGAAAGAUGCCCCAGAAACCAGAUGUUCUGCCAAUAUGCGUGAAACUGUCAUCAAUUUCUAAUGAGGAAGUGAGCUGGGAUAUUCCUACAGGAAGUGUUCCACAGUUUCAGUAUAUUGUUUACAUUGGCGGAAAGAGAUAUAAACAGGAAAUAAACUCUGAAGCUAGAACAUGUAAAUUUAAUACCCCACCCACAGAACUUGUUGAAUUGGUAAUCGAGGAUAUUUAUGGGCAUAAGGUCAAGGUUCAAGGUCAGUAACCCUCCAGAUUGUGACCCUGAAACUAGGAAAAGAUUAGAAGUAUUUGUACCAACAGCAAGUCACUGAAGUAGACUUUUUUAAACCCUUACAAACUGUCACAAUUUUACACGUGUAUUAAGAUAUAUAGUAAUAACUUGAUUAGCCAUCGUCGGAUAACCACAGUUGAUAAACAUGUCACAUAACAUGUAAUAAAUGUUAAUGGUUCGGCCGUGGUUAUCAGAGGUACAGCCAUGUAAUUUGAAACAUCCAAGCAGAGUUAGGAAUAAUUUAGCACUUUGAACAGCUACACUAAGUCAAAUUUAAGGGUUUUUGCCCUUAUGGUCAUAAUUGGUUGUAUUUUUUCACAGUGAAAUCAGACUAUUAAAGUGACUGUCUAGACAGUCUAAUUUAUUUUUGAUGAUCUCAAUUCAUUGUCAGACAGGUGUGGCUGUGGUAGUGAAUAGUAGUUCAAAGCAUUAAAGUUAAAAUAUUUGUAGUCAUAAAUAGGUUAAAAAGUUCAAGUUGCAUGAAAUUUUGUGGAAUACCAUUGAGUGCUGAAUAGUGUAGAAUGGAAAAUGUAUUGGGACUGGUUUUGGUCAAAAUGAAAACUUUCAAUAUUAUGAAAUAUCAGAUGAAUUGUAUAUAAAAAUAAAAAUGAGUUAUUAAUCCCAUAUUGAAUAUGUUGUAAUAACUCAAAAAGGUUUGCUCUCUACAAAAUAAUCAAUAUUAGAAGUUUUUUCUUUUGGAAAUCAGGAAACAAAUGAAGAACAAUGUAAAACAAUGGACAAAUUAACAGUUUUGGUGAUAUAUUCACCAUUUUUGGGAUAAAUAUAUAAAAAUUAUUUAAUUUAUGAACUUAUAAAAAAUUUGACAAUUUCAGAAAAAUUGCUGUUCAAAAUAGAAUGACAGUUUGCACAUUUUCAAUGAUUUAUUGCUAAAAAUAAUUCCUGUUAAAGCUAAAAGGAAGUGCCAUAAAUACUGAAUAUUAUGCAUGAAUGACUUGAGAAUCUUUCUUAUCUGAAACUGUUGCCAUGUUAUAUUAAAGGGACUCCGCCUAAAAUAUAACAUUUGAAUUUCUUACAUAAAUAAGUUGGGGCACUUUAAACAGAAAUAUAUGCAAAGAUAGUUAAGAAAUAUACUUUGAAAUAAAUUGAAAAUGGUAUUUUUAUGCGUUUCUUAGCCCGAUUUAUAAAUUGAAAAUGGUAUUUUUAUGUGUUUCUCAGCCCGAUUUGAGUAAAAAGCGUUUGAACACUUUUCGUUUCGGGUCAUUUUUUUACAAUUUGAAUAAUUAUUCUGGAAAAACGAAGUGUGUGAAUGAAUAAAGAUUAGUGGUCUAAACCUUCAUCAAAUGGUACAUUUAUCUGAAAAAAUAUUUUCAGUUGCAUCAUGUCAAUAAACCUCAGUGGAGUCCCUUUAACUGAUAAAUGGAUAUUGUUGAUAAUAUAACUGAUCUUGUAUUAAAUAUCCAAGUUUUGUUCAUUUUUGUCCUGCCAGUAUAUUUCAAUUGUUUUCUGAAAUUAUAUCACACGAUGUUUCAUUUUAUUAUAGUAGUGUUAUGUGUGAUAACUUUAAUGAUGUAAAUGAAUAAAUAUUGUAAAUGUAUCACUCUAAUGAAAGAUUUAUUUUAUGACACAAACAUUUAAAAACAUAUUACUAAGGUUUUUUUUGCAUUUGCAUUGAAAACGAAUAUACUUUAUGCAAGAUAAAAUUUCAAACAAUAAGGCAAUCCACUUCUGUUCUGGUUAAAAAAAUUCAUCAGAGAUAAUCUUUUUGCCAGAAAAAUCAAUAGUCCUGAUAAUUUUUCAUUUAAAAAUGUUUAGUGAAUGAACAACAAAGAUAAGAUAUAAGGUUUGUAAUAUAAAUAAAUAUGUUAUAAUCAAAUUACUUACAGGUUUAAUGAAUAAUUUAUUGAGUAGCUUGUUUAAAAUGAAUGUUAAAUCAUGAUGUCUCAUGAAUAUUGUAUGUGUUAUGAUAGUUCUGAUGUUAUAUACAUGUAUAUAUAUAUCAUAUACAUUUUAUAUGUAUCACAUAUAUUAUACUACUAGAUAUGUUAUGAUGAAAAAGAAUUGACUUUUUAAUAGACCUAGUUCAUGUACAGUCAAACCUGUAUACCAUGCUAUAUCAUGCCAUUGAUGUUAUGUAAUAUUACUGUGUACUGAUGGACAUAUUGCCUUUGUAUGAAUAAAGUUUAUCUAUC